UCAUAUUGAGUCUUUAGCUGGGACGUGUCAGCUGGUCUUGGGUGUGAGCCACGGAGGUUUUAACACACCACUGUUUUCCAGCACAUGGGCGUAAUCAGUCAGGUGUUUCACGAAAAACACUGUCAGUGUGGGUCUUAUGGAAAAAAAGAGUUAGUUUAAAGUUGCAGACGCCAUAUUUUUUAUUUGUUGAAGAGAAACAGGAGAAGGGAAAGAGGAGGAAGUUAGAAGUGGGAGAGGUGAAGGAAGUUAGAGAGAUCUAAUUAAUUUCAGCUAAUGUGUGGCAGAAUGAGAGCGUCGCGGCUUCUUCUUUUGAUUAGUCUGUGCAACAUCACACUACGUUCUUGUCAGGGAACAUGUGACCAGUCCUUCCAGUGCCCAGAAGGAUGGGUACGUAGAGGGGCUCAGUGCUUUAAAGCCUUUGGUUUUGAGCUCGGAUGGGAAGACGCAGUAGAAGCUUGUGAAAGGCAUGGUGCCACAUUAGUGACCGUCAAGGACAGGGAGACUGCUGACUUUAUAGCUGGUGUUGUGAGCAAUGCUGGUGUUAACACAUCCUACUGGAUAGGUUUCAAGAGUGAAGAUAACUUAGUACAAGGAAAGUGGAGAAAUGGCCGGGAGAUGUUACUGCAGCAUGGUUUCUGGUACGGGGAUGAGCCAAAUACAGCUGAAGAAAGACUCUGCACAUCAGCACUGCAGAAUGAGGACAACACGUGGAAGAUGGAAAAAUGCACGGAAGUAAAGCUGCCUUUUGUUUGCAUGUCUGUUGCUUGCAUAAAUGACUUCCUUCAUUGUUUUAAUGACCAGUGUGUGCUGUCUUCAUUGAGAUGUAAUGGUGUAGAUGACUGUGGGGACAUGACAGAUGAAAUGAUGUGCAGUGAUCUGAACAGUGAAUAUCAAUAUAGUGAGAGUGGAGGUAAUAUUAAAUAUCCAACAUCAGGCUCAUACAGCAACAAAGAGAGUAAAACAUGGACUCUCAAAGCCCCCAGUGGUAAAAGAAUAAAACUACAGUUCUCUGAAUUCAACACAGAGUCACAGCAAGACUACCUUCAAAUCUGUGAUGGUGGCCCAACAGAAAGCUACUGUACAGUAAUAGAUACAGUAUCUGGGGAUAAAUCCAGUUCAUUUAGCUACACCAGUUCCACCAACUAUUUCUUACUCAAAUUCUACAGUGAUGAGUCCGUCACUAAGACAGGGUUUACAGUGCAAUGGAUUGUUGUACCAAGUCCAGAGGGCGCCACACUGACUGCAGUUAACCAGCCUCAGAUGAUCACCAGUCCUGGGUUUGGAACACAGUAUAAUGGAAAACUUAGGACAACCUGGGUUAUAACCACUCCAGUUUUAAGACAGAUCUUAACCUUACAUUUUCAUUCAAUCAAACUGGUUGCUAGGGAUGACUACCUUUACAUCAGGGAUGGAAACAGUCCCUAUUCUUCAAAAUUGUUGGAAUAUCGGGGUCCGGUUGAUGAAGUGAAUCACAUCAUAUCAUCUACUGGGCAGUCCCUGUACAUCUACCUGCACAUAGAAACUGUAAAAGCCGAAGGAGGCUUUAAUGUAUCUUAUAUCCAAGGUUGUGAUGUCCAGUUAACCACCAGUCAGGGGAUGAUAAUGUCUCCAGGUUACACCAUAGGGAGUUAUCCCAACUCUGCCCGCUGUACCUGGAAUAUCUCCACACCUGGAAACCAGCCAUUUGCUGUGGACUUCCAGGAAUCCUUCAAAUUGGAGAGCGGUAUUGAUUUUCUUAAGAUCUACAAUGGUCCUGAAUCUGGUGCCAAUGCCCUCCACAGUGGCAGUGGGUUUACUGGCACAGUGUUGCCCUCUACAGUCCAUACGUCAUCAGGAGCUAUGUUUAUUGAGUUUACAACCAGCGCAGUGACUGCAAUGAAAGGAUUCAUGGCUCGAUUCUCUAUUGAUUGCCCCCAGGAAUUAAUUCAGUUCAACUCUUGGACAAAUAUCCAUCCCAGCACUGCUCUGUCCACAAUGUACACAGCUAACUUUAAUGUCAGAUGCAUGCAUGGCUAUGACUUUGAGAACCAGGAAUACAACCAACAGGAAUCAGUCAACAUUCAGUGUCUUUAUGGUGGAAAGUGGAACAUCCUCAGAAAACCAGUCUGUAAAUUACACUACUGUGGUUCCUUGGGCAGUCAAAACAAUAUUCGCAAUGGCUACCUGUCCAACACCACAGGAGUACGGUAUGGAGAUCAGGCAUACUAUGUGUGCUUUGCUGGGUUCACUCUAAAGGGAUCCAACCCCGUUUACUGUACAGAAGAAGGUUGGACCAACUCUGAUGCCCCACGCUGUGAAGCUCCAUUAUGCACUCCAAGGCCACAGGUACCUUACUCUAACCUUGAGAUCACAGGGGACCUAAUAGCCAAAUAUACAUGUGACCUUGGCUAUGAGCUGGUAGGAACUCCCACGGCAGUGUGUAACAGGGACACCAAAACCUGGACUGCUGAGGCACCCGUUUGUCAAAGAAAACCCUGUCCAGCCCCGUUCCCUGUGAUACCUCAUGCCUCCCUGAACAUCACAAACACCACAGGAGUUUUAUACUUUGGAGACACAGUCAUGGUGACAUGUGAUGUUGGAUAUAAACUGGAAGUCAAUAUGUCCAAUAUACUGACCUGUAAUGCUGGCCAGACCUUUGGGGAGCUACCCCGGUGCAUAGAUAUCAAUGAGUGUAAUAGCACUAAUAAUGGUAACUGCAGUCAGAACUGUGUGAACAGCCAGGGUUCCUAUCACUGUACCUGUAACCCUGGCUAUAGGACUGACCCCAUGGACCCCUUCCAGUGCACAGAUGUCCUUGAAUGUUCUAUGAACAGUGGGCGUGGUCAGUGUGAUGACACCUGUAAUGAGAUAACUGGCUCAUAUAACUGUAGCUGCAGUCAGCCUGGCACUACUCUGUAUAACUCUAAUGGGACCAGCAGUUUCUAUAUCCCUGCCGUGGAGACAGGGCUGAUGUACAAUGAUGAGUUUUAUUUAAAUCACACUUGUGUCAAGGUAGAAUGUAAGUUACCCGUCAAUGCCAGCAUGUUUGCUCAGCUCCGUGCACGCCCCCUGGAUGUCAACCUGGGCCGCCCCUUCCAUUACCAAGACAACAUCACAUAUCUGUGUGACAUCGGGUAUGUGUUGGUGGAUGGCAGCAACAAGAUGACACUGACCUGUGGUCAGAAUGGACAGUGGAGUGGGAGACUUCCUGAAUGCCGAGCCAAUAUGUGCAUAGAAGAGCCUCUUCCCAAUGCUGCUACUGCAGGAACAAAUAACCUGACCUACCAGGCUGUAGGCGAGAUCACAUGUGACGUCUCCGGGGUGCGAAAUGAAACUGUCACUCGUUAUUGUCAGUAUAACCAAACUUCAAACAGUUACAUGUUCACAGGACAGCCUAUUAGGUGCAAUGUUAUUGACUGUGGACAGCCAGACACUAUAACAGGAGCCAAUAUAACAGGGGUGUCCACACUGUAUCCUAGCAGCUUUACAGUAACCUGCAAAGAUUUGUAUCGCCUCGCUGGAAACAGCAAUCAGUUUGAUAACAUUGUGAGGUGUACAGCUGAAGGGAAUUGGGACUAUGGAGAUCUUCGCUGUGAAGGGACCACAUGUAGUGACCCAGGGAGGCCUCCAGAUGGCAGACAGGUGGCAGUAGAUACCUAUGAGGAGGGUAAACUGGUCAGAUAUGUCUGUGACAGGCCAGGUUAUGAACCAGACCUUCCAUACCCCAUAAUGUGUGAGAUGGCGGGUUCCAAUCUUACCUGGAAUGCCUCUGCACCAACAUGUGUGGACAGGGAAUCACCAGUGUUUACCUUCUGUCCUGGACCAUUUACUGUGGCUAAGUUGUCUGAACUCCUUACUGUGCCCUUUCCCAAUGCCAAAGACAACUCUGGGAUGAUACGGGACAUCCAGGUGUCCCCUGCAGACUUCCAUGGUUAUGGGAUGUGGAUAGAUCGAGACAUGGAUAUCACAUACACUGCCUAUGAUCACGCUAAUAACACGGCUACAUGUGUAGUUAACAUCAGGUUAAAAGACCAGGAGCCACCGGUUAUCAGCUGUCCUGACUCUUACACCUGGGCCAUCUUGGAGGAGAACAGCCAACUGGUCAUCACACAGGGUGGACAACUGCAGGGUAACUACAGAAAUAUGUUCAUGGCCACAGCCACAGAUAAUGUCACACCUAGAGGUGAGAUGACCUUCACCUACAACCCACCCUCACAGACCUUGACCUCAGCUAUGGUGGACAAGAGGAUCACUUUCACAGUCACAGCCACUGACAUGGCAGGGAACAGUGCCUCCUGUAGUUUUGAUGUGGUGCCAAGAGCCUCCCCCUGUAGUACCUGGUACCUGCCAACCCCAAAGUUUGGUACCAAGACCUGUACCACCAGUAAUACCACAACCAGCUGUACCACUAUAUGUAACAGUGGGUAUGGAUUCCAUGGUGGACAGGCUUCCAUUGUAUAUACAUGUGACACCUCAGCUGACCAACCAGAAUGGAGCAGUAAUGGAACUGUACAGGAUUGCAUAGCUCCUGAGACCAUGGCAAUCUACACUCUUUCAGUAGAACGUUUGGAUUUUGUCAGUGGUUCUAGUACUCCUGGCCUAGUCUACACAACAGUUGAUGCUACAAUCCUAAGAAGCUGUGUCCAGCCUUAUAUCAAUGAAAUAGACAGUCUUAUAGCCACUGUUGCUGCUAACCUGACAAAACAGUGUCAAGCUAUUUCUGGGUUAUCAAACAUUUACAUAGAAGUCAACCAAUCUACAACUAUUGUAAAUGUCGUUGGUAGGCAGGUAAGGAUAUUGAACCUGUUUUCUAGCUCUGAAACCAAGGCAAUCUACACAGUUGACAUACAAGAUGACAGCUCUAGCACUCCUGGCCUUGUCUAUACAACAGUUGAUAGCACAAUCUUAACUACCUGUGUCCAGCCCUUUAUCAAUGAAAUAGAUAGUCCUAUAGCCACUGUUGCUGCUAACCUGACAAAACAGUGUCAAGCUAUUUCUGGGUUAUCAAACAUUUACAUAGAAGUCAACCAAUCUACAACAAGUUCAGAUGUGGUUGGAAGGAAGGUAAUGGAAGCUGACUGUUAUUGGGUUGUCAAAAGGAAGUUCUUCAGACAUUGCUGA